AUGUGUCCUCACCGAUUAACCGCCAUCCUUAAACCAGCCAGCUAUCCUCCACGGAAAGAAACUUUACCAAUAUCAGAGGAUGGCGCGGCUCAGUGGGAGGCCCUGCGAUCCCUAUUUUGCAGCAAGACUUCCGGGCUCGAGGGGAUCCCUGACUCUGAUAAUUCAUAUGGGAAGAUCGUCAGACUCACGCGAAACACAACUCACUUUCCAUCCUCCCCCGUCAAAGAGGGAUCAGCACCACGGCAAAACUGCGCAAUUUGCCAUGUCGGGGAUCAUUCGCCUCGCCGCAUCUGA